AAUUAUCUAUCUCUUUAAAUGUGUGAACAAUGGCAAAUACAGUCGCCAUGUGAAACAGCUAGCUGGAGCUUGAAAAUGACAAAAAUGGAAACUCAAAUCCUUAUCAUCCCUUUCCCAAUCCAAGGCCAUCUAAACCCUAUGCUUCAACUAUCCAAACGUUUACUCUCAAAAGGCCUCAAAGUCACCCUAGUUUCCACCAACUCAUCUCUCAAAUCCAACAGCAACAUUUCAUCCAUCGAUUUCAAGUUCAUCAGCGACGGUUUCGACUCAGAACUAAACCCAGAAACCUUUGAUGAAUAUAUCGGAUGUUUCAGAGCUAUAUUUCCUCAAAAUCUAGCCAGGUUUGUUGAAUCCAGCAAAAACUUGGGGUGCCCUUUUAAGUUUAUCGUUUAUGAUUCGGGGAUGCCGUGGAUGUUAGAUGUUGCAAGAGAUUUGGGCAUAGAUGGAGCUCCAUUUUUCACUCAAUCUUGUGCAGUUAAUGCAGUUUACUAUCAUUUGAAUCAAGGGACAUUGAAUUUGAAAGCCCCUGAUUCAGAAGGGUGUUCGGUUUUGUUGCCUUCCAUGCCAUUGAUGGAGAGAAAAGAUCUUCCGACGUUUGUUUAUGAAACUGAGUCUCAUAAGUCUCUGCGUGAAUUGAUCCUGAAUCAGUUUGUGAAUAUUCAUGAACCCAACUGGAUCCUGGUUAACUCUUUCGAUAAGCUCGAAGAAGAGGUUGUGCACUGGAUGUCGAAUCACUGUCGAAUUAAGGCAGUCGGGCCAACUGUUCCAUCAAAAUAUAUGGACAAGAGAUUGGAGAAUGACACUGACUAUGGCCUCACCCUCUUCAAGCCAAAGUCCGAUACUUGCAAGACAUGGCUAGACUCAAGGGAACCCAACUCAGUCGUUUAUGUAUCAUUUGGAAGCUUGGCAGCCCUAGCAGAAGAGCAGAUGGAGGAAAUAGCAUGGGGGCUGAAGAGAAGCAACACCUUCUUCUUGUGGGUAGUUAGGGAAUCUGAAUCUGCAAAGCUUCCAAAAAAUUUCUGCGAGGAAACAGUCGAGAAAGGUUUGGUCGUGAGUUGGAGCCCUCAGCUUGAGGUUCUAGCUCACAAGUCAGUGGGGUGUUUCAUAACACAUUGUGGCUGGAACUCGACGCUGGAGGCACUGAGCUUAGGGGUACCGGUGGUGGCAAUGCCGCAGUGGACAGAUCAAACAACUAAUGCUAAGUAUAUUGAAGAUGUGUGGCAGGUGGGGAUUAGAGUAAGAGUUAAUGAAAAAGGGAUUGUGACAAGAGAGGAGAUUGAGGGUUGCAUAAGGGAAGUCAUGGAAGGAGAGAGAUCGAAGGAUUUCAGAAGGAAUUCGGAGAAGUGGAAACAGUUGGCAAAGGAGGCUGUAGAUGAAGGUGGAAGCUCUGAUAAAAACUUGGAAGAAUUUGUAGCUGCUAUCAAUGUUUUAGAAACUAGAUCAAACAUUGAUCCGAUGAAGGGUGUAAUCUGAUCUAAUUGGUACUCAAAUCAAUUAAUUAUUUAAAAAUAAUAUUUAAAAUAA